AUGGCUGAAGUUAAGAUCCUUGUCCCGUCUGAUCUUCUGGGUCCCAAGCCCCCAAAGACGACACUCGAAUCCGACAUUUCAUUGGCCUCCAAACCAAAUGACCUGCCCUUCGACCCCGAGGCGCUAAAGCGCAAGUACAUGGAGGAGCGUGACAAACGGCUCCAGUAUGGCCAAGCGAAGGGUGGCAUCGACCAAUAUCGGCUUGUCGAGCACGGUGGGCCGUUUGCGCACUACCUCAAGGACCCAUGGGUCGAGCCCGGCUUCAAACGAGAUCCAGUUGACGAGAAAGUCGAUGUCAUCAUCAUCGGUGGCGGAUACGGCGCUCAGCUCGUCGCCGUCCGCUUGAUUGAGGCGGGUGUCACCAACUUGCGGAUCAUUGAGAAAGCAGGGGACUUUGGAGGUACCUGGUAUUGGAACCGGUAUCCUGGCGCACAAUGUGACAUUGAAUCGUACAUCUACAUGCCUCUCCUCGAAGAGCUCAACUACAUGCCAACCGAAAAGUACGCUCGGGCCAACGAACUCCUGAAGCACGCUGAGAUGAUCGGCCGUCGCUGGGGCUUGUACGACAAGGCGCUGUUCCAAACAGAGACGCACAGUCUCGAGUGGGAUGAGAAGACUGCCUUGUGGACGGCAAAGACCAACUGGGGCGAUACUAUCCGGUCAAAGUAUGUCAUCCCAGCCGCUGGACCUCUGCAUCGACCCAAGCUACCAGGCCUCCCGGGGAUCGAGUCAUUCAAAGGCCAUUCCUUCCAUUCAUCUCGAUGGGACUAUAACUACACUGGCGGUGACACCACGGGGAACCUACACAAGCUCUCGGACAAGCGUGUAGGCAUCAUUGGCACCGGUGCGACAGCCGUCCAAAUCGUGCCUCAUCUAGGUAAAUGGGCCAAGGAGGUGUACGUGUUCCAGCGGACGCCAUCGUCCAUCGACGUGCGCGGAAAUCGCCCCACCGACCCUGAGUGGGCCGCCUCGCUAAAACCAGGCUGGCAAAAGGAGCGCAUGGACAACUUCAACAUCAUCGUCAAUGGCGGGAUCGCGCCCGUCGACCUCGUCAAGGACGGCUGGACAGACAUCCUCCACAAGCUCCUCGCACGCUGGCAGCCCACGAUAGGCGACGAGCCGGCGGACCCCGAAAAGGCUGCCGCACAGCGGCAGAUCGCAGAUUAUGAGAAGAUGGAGUCGGUGCGGGCGCGGUGCGACGAGGUGGUCAAGGAUCCCGUGACGGCGGCGGCGUUAAAGCCGUGGUACAACCAGCUGUGCAAGCGACCAUGCUUCCACGACGAAUACCUCGACACAUUCAACCGACCCAACGUGCACCUGAUCGACACGGCGGGCAAGGGCGUCGAGGCCAUCACGGAGAAGGGUGUGGUAGCCAACGGCCAGCUGUACGAGCUCGACACGCUCAUCUACGCGACCGGAUUCGAGCUGGCCACGGAAUGGAGCCACCGGUCGAACAUGGAGGUGACGGGCCGUGACGGCAAGACCAUCACGUCGUGCUGGAAGGACGGGUCGCGCACGCUGCACGGCUGGACGACGCGCGACUUCCCCAACUGCUUCUGGGUGCAGAUCGUGCAGGCCGCGCUGUCGCCCAACUUCUUGCACGUCACGGGCGAGCAGGCCGAGCACCUGGCCUACGUGAUCGCCGAGUGCGAGAAGCGCGGCGUCCGCACCGUCGAGCCCACCGCCCAGGCCGAGGAGGACUGGGUCAACACCAUCCUCGACAUGGCCAAGCUGCGCGCCGAGUUCCUGGCCGGUUGCACCCCGGGCUACUACAACAACGAGGGCACGCCGAAUCCUGCGGCCGCCAAAAACGCCAGCUACGGCGGCGGCGCCCCGGCGUUUUUGAACCUCUUGCGGGAGUGGAGGGCCAAGGGUGAGUUGGAGGGGUUGGACUUGAAGUAUGAGAAGGACGUGAAUGGCGUGAGCGCGUCGUGA